GGACUCGCGACAUAACUCAACCGCAUUGAAGCGUUCAAGCUGUAUUCGGGGGCAACCAACAGACUUCCGUGCACCACACUACGGACGCAAAUAAGCAAUUGAGCCCUCAAGCUUGUCAGAGAAGGUCUUGUGAGACUCCACUUUUGACCGCCCGCGAAUAGAGCCAAGGGCAGAACAUUCUCUCGUAACACUAGGACACUAUCGUUCCUGCUUCGUCUAGUCUGGCCCAGAAGACCACCCGAAAUUUACAUGUCAAAUGGCAGAAAGCGGUCCCUCUGCCACAUGGACGCCACCACACUAUGAUUAUUCCAAAACACCUGCCCUCGUUUCGUCCACACGAUUGCACCCAGACGAUGAUAAUCCGCAUAAUUUUGCUCGUAUGGCCAAAUGGUGCCCGGACGGUUCCGCUGCGCUUGCCCAAUGCGAAAAUCGACGCUUACAAACGCUGGAGAUGCCCCCAGAACUGGCCAGCCUAUAUGGAGAGGACGGCACGCAUCCUACUGCACGGGUAUUCAGACAACCAUCGCCAAUUCUAGAUUUCACAUGGUUCCCUGCAGCGUCGACCAGAGAUCCCGCGUCAUUUUGCUUCAUGGCCUCGGUGCGCGAAUGCCCAGUGAAGCUUCUCGAUGCCAACGAUGGGAGGCUACGGGCUUCAUAUAGCAUAAUUGAUCACAGGGAGCGGUUCAUUGCACCGCACAGCCUCGCAUUCAACUGUUCUGCCGACAGGCUGUUCUGCGGUUUCGAGGACGCUAUUGAGGUUUUCGAGGUUCGACGGCCAGGCGAAGGCACUCGGCUACAUAUCACGCCCUCAAAGAAGAGCAAGGACGGGCUAAAAGGAAUUGUGUCUGCAUUGGCAUUUGUGCCUGACGCGACGACCGGGGUCUACGCGGCAGGCUCGCUAAGCCCGUCGGCACCUACGUCCUCUAACAUUGCAUUGUUCUCGGAAGCUACCGGCGAAGCGCCUCUGAUGUUUGUAGGCGGCGACAAAGGAAUAGGAGGCAUUAGAGCGAGCGUAACACAGUUAGCCUUCAACCCCAUGCGGCCGCACCUGCUGUAUGCCUCCUUUCGCCGCCAUGAUGCUAUAUACGAAUGGGACAUCAGAGGCGACGCCCAAAUGCCUGUUCGUACUUUCCGCAGAGGGCGCUCCGUGUCCAAGAGGGAUUCCAACCGAACAGAAGCGGCCGGCACAGUCACCACGAAUCAGAAGCUACGGUUCGACAUUGACAUCAGCGGCCAGAUUCUGGGUGCGGGGGGCCAGGAUGGGAAGAUAUCGAUGUUCAAUCUCGCGGCGGGAGAUAUUUCACAAACAGGCAGCGUGGAAUUAACGGAAGCUACCCGAGCUCCACAGCCGGGGCCGGCAAUGCAAUACAAAGCACAUGAUGGCAAGCUCUACGCCUUGUAUGCCGUGGGCUCGGUGUCUUUGCACCCGCUCCAACCGAUCCUUCUAUCCGUCUCAGGCUCGAGACAUUUCCAUCUAGAUGGCCUGGAAGAAGGAUCAGAGUCGUCAACUUCUACUUCUGAAUCGGAGUUAGACUCAGGCGGGCCCCCUGCGACUGUGAAAUUCAAGCGCAGGCGGCCGCAACCUGUCACAUUAGAUGCGUCUGUGAAAUACUGGAGCUUUCAGGCAGAUUGA